AUGGCAUCCGGAAUCGCAGUGCCGCUGCUGUGCGACUUCGGAAGAUCCGGGCAGCUCAUCGAAGCCGGUGUGGACUUGGGCCGGCAGGUGGACUCAGUCUCCAAAGCGGUGCAGACCGAGCCUCGCAAAGGAAAGGCCCUUGGAGGCGAGUCACCCUGGCGCGAGAAGCGAAAGGCUGACGAAGCUGAAAGGUGCGAGGCGCCGAUUUCGGGCGGAACUGCGAGCAACGCCCGUUUGCUGCAGCUGGCCGUGGGGCUUUUGGGUUUGGAGAUCCAUGAGAAGCCCAAUACUUGGGCCGAGGUGUGGCUACGCUUCCAGGAGCCGAAGUUAGCCGAGACCUCCAGUCAACCCGCAAAGACCGGGAACUUGUUCGAUGACGAGAAAGGCCGUCGACACAGCGAAGGAACCCCCGCCGAGUGGCAGCAGCAGGUCCUUUCGCACCUGAAAGAGCUCCAAAAGCUUCAAAACUCCAAGCUCGUCACAAAGGAUGAGGAGCACCAGCUCUGGGAGAACCUGGACCUGGCGGAGCACGCGCUGAAACGCAUCGCCCAUGCGGUGAACCUGCUGCAGGACCCCAAUGGACGCCACCAGCCCAUGCUGCUGCAGGGCUACACCGAGGCCAUGACCGGUGAGGUGUGUAACGACUUGAGGCAAUGGCUGCAACAGUUGGCACUUGUGCUCUCCUUCUACCACAUCUUUAUCCUGGACAGCGAGAACGAGAAGGGCCGUUUGCGAGACAAGCUUGCACGGGUUGAGGAGAAGAAGAAGCACGAUGAGGACUCUUGCUCAGACGCUUUGCGACGCUCCAAGGCGACGGAGCAGCGCUGGGAGGAAUUCAAGAUGAAACGAAGGGCGGAAGCACUGCUGGGACUCAAUCUGGAAGAUCAAGAGGAGGAAAAGAUCUACAGCCAAAGAGAGAUGGAGGAACUCUACCAGAAGUGGAGUGAGAAAUACGUGAAUCCCUUGCUGGAUGAGCUGGAGGAGCUCCGGAAGCAAUUGGACAUUCGCCCAUCACCCUCCAAGAGGCGUACCAUGGGAGGCGAAGAAGCCAAUUCGUCGCCCACAGGCAGUCAGCAGCUCAGCGAGCAGCGGAUGCUGUGCGGCGCCUUGUUCGCUGCCUCCGAGCGCUCGCCGGAGCCCUUGGGCGACCUGCUGUGGCAGCUGGGCGAUCGUUUGAAGGCUGGAGAGAGCUACAAAGACAUCGCCCUGGCGAUUCAAGCCCUACCACAUUUCAACCCCCACCUAGACGAAGACGCGCAUUUGUUGGAUCAAGAGGAGCUUCGCUUGUUGCAGCAGGCAAUGAAGGCAGCCUCCACUGUGGCGUCUCCCUCGCUGGGUCAAGAGCUUCAACGCUUGGAGCGCCUAAUUGGAGCCACGACUCGUGAGGAGCUGCCUGAGGUGGUGCAGGCGCUCCAAGCCUUGGCCGCAGAGGCUGCAGUUUGCGCGCGCGAAAGCGGCGCGAAAGCUGCACGGCGCCGCUCAGUGGCGGUCAACACCUCGCAAGCCAUGGUGCUCCCAAGCGCCCCCGCCGUGCCGGAAGCAGUGGCCGUCAGUGCGGCGUCGGAGGACGCAGAGCACUGGCGCCGCGAGCUGGAGCGCCUGCGAGCGCAGCUGGAAGCAGAGCUGAAGGCCGCACGCGAGGAGGCCGAACGGCAACGGCUUCGAGCAGAAGAAGCCUUGCGACGCUUGGAGGAGGAAGCCAAACGAGCCGAUGGCCUCAUGGAGGAAAUGAGGAAGAAGAUGGAGCAAAUGCAGGAGAUGUUGCACUCAAAGGGCCUUGGCAAAGCCGUCGAAGCGGCACUAGCGGCAGCGGGACUCACCUCCUUUUGCCGCGGUCGUGAUGUUUUUGAACGUUUGUAUCGAGAUGCCCUGCGGCGGAUGAGGGUCUAUGCUGAGAACCAGCUGCGACUCUUGAAGAUGUCGGGCAGCAGCUUCAACCAGGCGCUCCACCACCUAGCCGCACAUCCCAUGGCCGCUGUCGGGGCCGCCAUGGAACUCCACACCAGCAACUUCUCCUCCCUACAGGCCCUUCAGGACUGUGCUUCUGGCAGUGCGGUUUCUACUUCAACUGAGCCCCGCUCGGUUCCGCUGCCAAGCGCCCGGCGUGUGUCAAAGGUCCAGAAGAUCAGGACCACCACAUCCUUUGACUCGCGUCCUUCUUCGAGUCACAGCCUCUCCGGGCAGCGCGUCGGCCUUCACCGCAGCGCCACGGUGGGAACGCCCACGCACGGAGCUUGGACUUCUCCACUGCGGCAGACCUUGUUCCAGGGCCCUGACGAAGCUGCAACGGGCCCACCGUUGCGCCGACCCGGCACCGGCGGCCGGCGUGAACGACGUCGUGAGGAGGUGCCGGCGGAGGGCACCCGACCACGGAGUGGUCGAGCUAAGAGCUCGCCGGCGCUCACGGUGAGCCGCUUGUGGCACGCGCUGUGGACCAAAGCAACUCGGUGUGAGCUUGGCAUCCAUGUAGUGCCCUUCAGUUUUUCUUGGUCCUUCGGGUCCAGUUUGCAGAGUCUUUCUCCAAUCGACGCUGUGAUUUGGUGGAGACCUUUUGAAGACGUGGCCCGCGGCCGGAAUGGGCCGCAAGGUCCAGACGAGUCUGUGCGGCCAGGUGUGUCCAAGGCCCUUCCGGAUUUCGGAGUUUAUGACAAAACAGACCACGGAGUUUAUGAAGAUGGGGUGCCACCUGGCGGUUUGGCUUCGCAGUUGAUUCCACCGGAAGACCCGAUCGACAAGGCGGUCCUGCAGGCCGCGGAGUUUCAGAACAUCAUUCAUUCGGUUGGGGCGCCCGGUCGCAAUGAGAACGAGCUGAGGUGGAACGCGCGCAUCGCCGAGCUCACUGGCAUACCACGUGAACAAGUGCUUGGCAAGGAGAACGAGUUGUUGAGUGUCGUCUUGGAGAGCUGCGCGGCGGAGGUCCUCUUGGGGUGCUCUGGGGCUGGUAGGAAAGCCCGGGCAGGGAAGCCCUCCGUGACGGAGAUGAAGUCGCAGCUGGCUGGGCUGCGAAAGCCCUUAGCCAGUACCAUGGAGGCGCUCUACUCCAAGUAUCACCAGAUUUGUCUCGCCGAGGAUCCGCCACUCCAGGAGCCGGGGGCAGUCAAUGUAAAUUCAGUUUUGGUUGACGUCCGCAAGGCCUGGAAUUUUAAUGGUGAUGAUUACUUUGGUGCCCUUGCCGGUCGGGUGGCGCCAGCCUGGCGCAAAUGUGAAAGCGAGGAAUUGCCGGUGAAGGAGGAUGGCAUCAACUGGAAAGCCUUGAUCCUUAGUCUUCCCACACCUGAGAACACCAAGGUCUUAGGCUGCGGUAUCCGUCGGGUGCUCUUCAAGCGCGCCGACUGCAUCUACGAUGGCAUCUACCGCUUCCACGUCGAAAGGCGGGAUCUCACGCAAGCAAUGUUCGAGUUCCGGGACGCCUACGAUGACCCCUACCACCACUACAAGGACCAAGACCACACCAUCGACAAGUCGUUUAAGGAUGAUGUGGACACUGCAUUGCGUGCCGCCAUUCUUCCUCACAUCGUGCAAUUCAAAGAGCUGCAUUGCAAAGACAGUCAGAUGGAGUUGGUCUCACACAUCUCAGGCAUUGCACUGCCCUGGGAGAAAGCAGUGGUCCAACAUUUUCCAGUGACCUUUCGGGUUCUCUUGGACGCGUUUCUCAAUGAGAACCAGAUCGAGUUGGAAAGCAUCAAGUUGGAAUUCUGCCACUUGGCCAAGUGGCAUUUGGGAGCCGUGUUCAUGCGCAUGGUUUGCCGACCCUUUGAGCGCAUCGUUGGCCGGGGCAAGGGAGUGUGGACAAGUGGCGGCUUUUCCAUCGGAGUCACGCGCAAUACCGCAGCCGGGCAGAAGCGCUGUGGUUAUGAUGCUGAUGCGCGGGGUUGCAUCAUCUCCACGGAUGAAGCCAUGGAGCAAGAGCAGAUUUUGAACCGACAUCACCCCGGGCCGGUGAAAAGGCCAGUGAAGGCCGGUGUCAAUACGGUUGGACCAUGGGUUGAUGAAGUGCAAAGGUCCGGGCAGCGGAUUCCACAGCACGGUACAUGUGCUACGGAUGCAGCCGCUGUGCAGGUGGCCCGUGUUUUGAAGGAAGCCAUCGAAGAGGGGAAGUCCAAAGCAGACUUGGAGGUCAUGGUCGAGUCGAGGUACCAGGACUCCGUGGUCCUUCUCCUGAGCUGUACUCCUCGCAUGGGCCGUGAUGAUGCGAUCGCUGGUGCCAUUUGCAUUGGUCAAGACAUCACUCGCAUGAAGGAGUUGGAUGUGAAGAGGUCCAACAUCGCAGCCACCGUGACGCAUGAGCUGAGGUCGCCCCUGCAUGGCAUCAUUGGUUUGAGUGAACAGCUGGUCUCCACAGGCGCUAGCGACACGUUGAAACGACUUCGCCUGAGGAUCAGCCACUGCGCUCGUCGCCUGCUCGACUUGGUCAUGAACAUCAUGGACCUGUCAACACUGGUGCAGAGCAAACGCUUGCGACUCGCGAGGGAUCCGGUGCAGAUGGGCAAACUCAUUGAGGAGGUGCAGGUGCUCCUAUCCUCCGCCGUAGACAAGGCGCCGUGGACACGGCGCCUCCUUCCAGAGGCAAAGCGCCCCAUCAAGAAGGACACGGUGCGGCUCAUCAUUGACGUGCCGGACCAGUUGCCUAUCAUCGAGGCGGAUGCCCACCGGUGCAUGCAGAUGCUCUACAACUUGGUGACGAAUGCCUUCAAGUACACCAAGGAGGGCGUGGUCGAGGUCAUGGCGCGGGCCGAUGACGCGAAGGAGAUCCUCACGGUGCACGUGAGGGACACCGGCAUCGGAAUCUCGCCCGCUGCUUGUGAGCGAGUCUUUCUGCCCUUUGAGCAAGAGGACCAAGACGACAAUCGCCAGUUUGAGGGCAUGGGUUUAGGCUUGGCCAUCUCCCGGGAAGUGGCUGUGAAACACGGAGGCCCGUGGAUGGGUGGUGGACGCGUUUUUUUUCCAGCGCGGGACCAUGACAUGACCACGAUGACCACUGGGCAGAGAUGA